AUGGCUCGAGUCCGAGAUAUACGGAUGCAGGACGCAGAUGCUGCGGAAGAAGAACGCAAACAGUAUAUUGGCGAGAAUCUAAAAGAACUUGACACAAACUACCCAAACCGACCUCACAAUCACUCGAAGACCUUGCCGUUCCAUGAGUUAUACUCAUCGCUGUUCAACCCCCUCAAUGAAAACAAGAAGAAGCCCACAGGUCCUGUUCAGGCCAGGCGGAAACAGGGACCUCAUGGCCCCGCCAACUUAAGCCCGCAUGAAGUCAGAAGGAACAUCGUUGAACGCUUUAUUUCGAGAUGGAGAAAUGAGGUUGGCAACGACAUAUAUCCGGCAUUUAGAUUGAUUGUACCAGAGAAAGAUCGCGAUCGCUCCAUGUAUGGCUUGAAAGAGAAGGCCAUCGCGAAGAUAUUGAUCAAGGUACUUCGAAUAGACAGGAAUUCGGACGGCGCAUACGGCAUGCUCAACUGGAAACUCCCAGGGCGCAACUCUACGACAGCUAACGCAGGCGAUUUUGCCGGACGCUGCUAUGAAGUUCUUAAAGGCCGACAAAUGAGAUCCAGUCCUGGGCUUUACACGAUAGGCGACGUCAACGAAAUGCUGAACCGCCUGUCAGCCAUAUCGAAAGAAGAGGAACAACUUCCUUUGUUUCAGCAAUUCUACAGUCACAUGAACGCAGAGGAGAUGACCUGGCUCAUCCGAAUCAUUCUUCGGCAAAUGAAAGUAGGCGCAACAGAGAAAACCUUUUUUGAUAUCUGGCAUCCGGAUGCUGAGCAACUAUUCAACAUAUCAUCCAGCCUUCGUCGAGUUUGCUGGGAGCUGUAUGAUCCAACCCUUCGCCUGCAAGGGAGUGAAGUUGGUGUUGCAUUAAUGCAAUGCUUUCAACCCCAGCUAGCACAAUUCCAAGAGCACACAUUCGACAAGGUCUUGUCCAAAAUGCAUCUUACGGAAGAUGACAACGUUUUCUGGAUCGAAGAAAAGCUAGACGGUGAGCGCAUGCAGCUUCACAUGGUUCAAGAUGAAUCUGUUGCUGGUGGUGUGCGGUUCAACUUUUGGUCAAGGAAGGCGAAGGACUAUACUUAUCUGUAUGGCAAUGGACUUCAGGAUGAGAAUAGCGCCUUGACCAGGCACCUCAGGAAAGCCUUCAAGGACGGGGUACGUAAUAUUAUCCUGGACGGCGAGAUGAUCACAUGGAGUAUGGAGCAAAAAGCUAUAGUGCCAUUUGGUACCUUGAAAACCGCUGCAUUGUCCGAGCAAAAGAACCCAUACGGCCUUACGAACCGACCGGUGUUUCGUGUGUUUGACUGCCUAUUCUUGAACGAUACCCCGCUGACCAAAUAUACAUUGCGCGAUCGGAGACGGGCCCUCGAAUCAAGUAUUGAAAAUGUCCCAGACCGCCUCGAAAUUCAUCCUUACCAACAAGCCAGCUCGAAAAAAGAAAUCGAAACAGAGCUUCGCAAGGUUGUGGCCGAUUCCUCUGAAGGAUUGGUGAUUAAGAAUCCUCGGUCUAUCUAUCGCCUGAAUAGCCGUAAUGAUGACUGGGUCAAGGUCAAGCCUGAGUACAUGUCAGAGUUUGGAGAAGAACUUGAUUGCGUGGUCAUCGGUGGCUAUUAUGGUUCCGGUCAUCGAGGCGGUAAUCUCUCGAGCUUCUUGUGUGGACUUCGAUUUGAUAGUGGCCCAAAGUCAUUAUCGACACAAGUUUUUCACUCUUUCUUCAAGGUUGGAGGUGGCUUCGCGGCGCAGGAUUACGCAGAGAUUCGUGAACGAACCGAGGGUAAAUGGGUCACAUGGGAUCCCAAGAAGCCACCAAAACAUCUCAUCGAGCUUGGAGGCCUGGAUAAACAAUAUGAGAGGCCCGACGUCUACAUCAACCCCCGAGACUCUCUCGUGGUUUCCGUUAAAGCAGCAUCCGUCACGCCUACGGAUCAAUUCCGAACACAGUUCACGCUCAGGUUUCCCCGCUUCAAGAAGUUACGACUGGACAAGGAUUGGGAAUCUGCUCUCACGUACCAAGGCUUUCUGGACUUGAAGCACAAUGCGGAACAGGAACAACAAGAAAAGAAAUUUGAACUGAUGGCCAACAGGAAGCAACGAUCGACACGCUCCAGGAAAAGACCUUUAAUUGUUGCCGGUACCAACGAGAGAGUAGAAACACCAUACGCAGGUCCACAGACCAGAGUUUUCGAGGGCAUGACGUUCCACGUUCUCACUGAGGCUCUGAAACCACAAAAGAGGAACAAGGCUGAGCUCGAGCAGCUGAUCAAGUCAAAUGGCGGCAAUAUAAUUGCGAAUGCCAGAGACGAGAAGAUCAUAUGCAUUGCUGAUAGACGACCCUUGGCUGUAGCAGCUAUCGAAAAGCGACAGGAUCGGUCUGUCGUACGCCCAUUAUGGUUAUUUGACUGCAUCGCCCAAAGCAAUGCUGAUGCUAGUCGGCCGAAAUAUCUCCUGCCCUAUGAGCCUAGCCAUUUAUUGUUCGGCAUCGAAGAGGACCAGCUUUCAGCCGACAAUAAUAUUGACAAGUAUGGUGAUAGCUAUGCGCGAGAUCUGACACCUGACGGUCUCAAAGAAUUGUUCAGAGUAAUGCCGAAGAUGGAGGAAGAGGAUGAUGACGACGAAGUCAUGGAUGUUGAUGACGCGGAAGGCGAUGAGAUCGACAUGGGUGGCUUGCCAGGGUGCGUAUUUCGUGGCGUUGUGGUCUACUUCGACAACGGCUCGAGUGAUACAGUUAUGGAAGAUGAAGACGUCUGUAGCACCGGGAAGGAGGACAAAUUAAGCAUGUUUCUCGCUACGAACAUUGUAAGAUUCGGUAGCGGACGAACUUGCGGCGAUCUUGACGACUGCAACAUCACUCAUGUGGUGAUCGGCAAGGACCGAUCACGGCUCAAAGACAUUCGGUCGCAAAUAUCUCACAAGACGAAAGUACCCCGUAUGGUCACUACGGAAUGGAUUCAGGAAUGUUGGACAGAGAAGACGCUGUUGGACGAGGAACGGUUUACCCCGCAAUGA